AGAACGGGACAUACGAUCCUAGUGCUCUCCGAUGCCUUCGUCUGUUACCUUUUUGCGCAGUUAUUACUGUCACGGCGAAAGGGCUGUUCGUGUGACCCGCUGCUUGACUCGAUGCACAUCCCUGACAACAACAAACCUGCCCUACUCCAUAUCGUCCGAGACCUCAGAGGAGAUGUAGUUGGCCAACUCGACUCUCCCAGCGCCCCUUCAGGUCUUUACCCCGAUAUCAUCCUCCAAGUUGCUUCACAUCUAAACGACGAUAAUGCGCAGUCCUCCUUCCAGUUUUUUGACCUAUGGGAACUCAUUCUCACCCAUUGGUUUCCCCAACGCGAAGGUUAUGAAGUGAAGCAUCUCUGGUUCAUUCCAUACCUCCAAGACCGUGAAGGGGCUGACAAGAUUACAUUUGUUGUUCUCAAGGACGACCAGAGUCCAGUCGUGCUCUUGCAAGUCAGUGCGCCGCGUGACUUUCAUAACGUGCACACUCGUGCUGCCGCAGAAGCACUUACUGCCAGCCAAUUUGAACAUGUUGCUCCUUAUUGUGACUACGACCAUUCCUUGUGCGCCAUCGCCGCAAUGGGAAAGAAAUGGUCGGCUUUCCAGCGGUCACCUAGGCUCACAGCGGAGGAGGCGCGGUCACUAGGGGAAGAACACAUAGAGUGGAUGGAUGAUAUCGUGUCUGAACCCUCAUUUGAAAUGCUGGAGUGUUUUUUCGCCUCCUUGAAGGCGGGAGUUCGGGCGUAUCGCCUGGGUCAAUGA